AUGUCUUAGAGAUUAUUAAGAAAAUCUCGAACUAAUUUGGGUGAAAUGAGUUAGAGCCAGAGUCAUAGUCAUACAUCUCCAGUAAUGAAUGAAGACGGCUUGAGAAAUUUCAGAAUUGAAUUUUCGGACUUAUCCAGAAAAAGACUGAGUGAUAGUGGAGAAGUCAAAGAUCCCACCAUCUAUAGUCAGAAACGGAAAUCAAGACUCUCUUAGUUUUCCAAUUUCAAUCCGAGACAAAGAGAUUAGAGCGAUCAUAAUCUGAGUGUGCAUCAGUACACUGCUACUACGAAAUAAUAUUAUCAACUGAAGUGGAAGGAGCUAAGUGGAUUGCCAAAACAAACAGAUUUACAAUAAAUACUCAGGACUUUUCUGGUGAAACUAAAAAGAAAUGCUAAUAUUUGGGAUCAAAUUAACAAUAAGUAUUCUUACUUUAAAGAAACUUAUCUUCAAGAUGAGGUUAGAUUGCAAUCAUAAUAUAUUUCAUAUAUGAGACAAUCAUUUCAUUAUGUUAGAUUACUAUCACUUCUAACUGUGCCAAUUCAGGCUGGAACUCUUUAUAUAGAUCAAUGGAUUCAAGGUUUAGUAAUUUUAUUUUUGGUGAUUGAAUUUAUUGAUUAGUUACUCAAAAUAAAAUUGGUUAAAUUAAACGUAGUUUGUAACUUCAUUUACAUAGCAAGUACACUUUUGUUAAAUUUUGAACUAAAUCAAUAGGGUAAAAUAGUCCUAAUGAUAUUAUCCUUGACUGGUGUUUAAUAUUAAUUUUAGUGGAGUAAAUGUACACUUGCAAUCAUACUCUUAAUAUAUAUCAAUUAUUUCGCUAAUUUUUGGUUAUUGAUAAAUGAUAAUGACAGCACUUACUUGGAUUCCAUUAUUUGGACAAUAAAUAAUUGUUUGCCAUUUACUGCAGUUGAUGCCCAAAUAGAAAGCUACAGCAACAAGAUUAUCAGUGUGGCUUUUUAAAUCAUGUCCUUCUAUUUUUAAAUACUAUUCAUUUCAAUUUUUGUGAAAUUCUCAUUUUCAACAAACGAAUAAGAACUAUUCAUUGAUUUUUUGAAGAUCAAUAAGGUUGAUUAAAAUCUUAUAGAUGAAGCACAAGACAUAUUGAAUUCAAACGUUCAUUCUAAUGAAUUGCAAACUGUUAACAAUUUGAUGCAGUAAUUACCAAUCAAUAUUUAAAAACCACUAUUCUUCUUAAUCAAGAGUAAGAAACUCCAGGAAAUUGAAUUCUUUACUCAAUAUUUCUCAAAAUAAUCUAUUGAUGAAAUAGCAUUUGAAUCAAUAUUAAAAUUUUGCAAACCAAAUGAAGUCAUUGUAGAAAAAGGACAGCAAGAUGAAUAUGUAUAUGUGGUCUUAUAAGGGGAGAUGGGGAUAUAUGAUAACAAUAUAUACCUCCAAAGUCUUCCAAUGAAUUAGGCCUUUGGAAUUGAAAACCUUAUAAUGAAUCAAGGACACAAUUUAACUAUGAGAAGUAAAGGAAAUUCAAUCUUAAUAUAAAUAAAUCAUACCAAAUUUUUAGGAACCAUCAAAAAAAUCAAUAGCGAUUUAGAAACUUUUCACUCGAUAAAAAAUGAAGUAUUGUUUAUGAAUAGAAUCGAACUACUCUUACAACACUGUUAUGUCUGUGGAUCAUAUUAGCAUCUGAGUUCUUUAUGCAGUAGAGUGCAUGUUAGUCUGAAUAAGAAUCUAGUUAUCAGUAGACAUUUGUAUACAAGACCUUAGAAGAGAAGAAAGUUUGAUAGGAAAUGGGAUCAGAGAGUGAAUUCCCUAUAUAAUUUCAAACUGGUUAGAAGUUGCGGAAGAAGACUAAAAAGGAAUUAUGGGAUUGUCAUGGGGGAUGCUGAGGUCUAUGAAAGAGGAGAGUAGGAGUAUGACGAAGAGGAAGAGGAGGAAAUCUAUUAAGGACAUCUUUCUUAUAAAGACCUGACAAAUCCAUCAAGAAAGAGUGUUGAAGUAGUGUCAGGUCAAACUUUGAGAGAUAUUAUCUAUCAUGAUCACAUAGACAACGAAGAAUAGUUAUAAUAUUAUCAAUAAUAAUGGCAAUAGUAAUAGGACAUAAAUCGUCAUUAGGCAGUCAAAUAAACCAUAUAAACAGCAGGAUUUCAAAAUGAAGACUUGUAUUUUGGAGAUGCAAUUAACAUCCCACUAUAACACAAAUAGUUUACUCAGAAUAGCAAUACUUUCAAAUCUUCUAGUGGAUAAACAUACCAAAGUCAAAAGAGUCAGCAGGUAAAACAACAAUAACAAAACUAAUAAUAAUAAUAACAAUAAGGAUAAUAGCAAAUCCCAUUCUAGUCAAAAACAUAUGUUCAAAGUCCUUUGGGCACAAACCAGUUCUUAAUAGCAAAUAAUAGGAAUGCCUAACCAAAAUUAACAUUCUCUUAUGACCCUUUCUAUCAUGAAUAAAAUAACAAACAAACUCUACCUCAGCCUUAGCCAGAAUAUCAAGCUAUGGCACGACCUUAAUUUAGAUCAUCUACCAAUUAUAUUCCUAGUGGUCCUACUUAGUUACCUGUAGUUUCAGAAGAAAGAGAUUCUUAAUUGAACAUUCCGUAGAUGAAUGUACCUUAUGCAUCAGCCAUAUCUAUAAGUUCAGUUGGUAUUUCGAGCAUCGAUGACAUUUAAAGAAGGGAUGGAUAAAACAAUACUUAUACUGGGCCACGAAGGAUGACUCAGAAGUAGACCAACACCAUUACGAGUACAGUGAGUCCAGAUAUUUAGAAGAAGAAAUCAAUUUCUGGAUCAAAUUCAAGAUCUUAUUCUGCUUUGUCUUCUAAACAGAAUCAGCAUUAUAGUGAUUUAGAUAAUGUGAUAUUUAGAUAUGAUGUGAAGGACAAUUUCGACAUUGAUUAGAUAGGAAUAUAUUAGCAAUUCAAACCAAUGAACAACUACGAUUGUGUGGUCAAUUAAAUCAAGAUCUAAUCUAAGAAAUUAAUUAAAUAGAAGAAAAUAAAAUGA